AUGGAUCAAGAGGCAUGUUCAUGGCGUCCUGACAGCACGGGGUGUUACCCGGGGACCUGCCAGGAGGAACUGGCCAGUAACUGCAACUGCUCAUCUGGAUUCAGUGGUACAAACUGUCAGAACAUUGACACACCACCCGUGAUAUCAUGGAACAGAAUUGUUCUACAUGGCCAGGGUAACGAAACAGCCGAGGCUCCAGUCGACCCGAACAACGCCGAGGCCCAGGAAGACUCGUGGACAAACCUGAAGAACAUUCACAACAUCAACUAUGAUUUUCGCACAAGUUUCAUCCCCUCUGGACUACAGCCAAGCAGGCACACCUUCAUAGAUGGUUACAAAAUGUCUGUCAACAUAGACAACACCAGCGUAGCCUCAUCGCAGCUGCAAGUAGAUGUAUAUGACGCUUCAGCAUUCUCAAACGCUUCGUCCACACCACAUCAGUUCCAGCCCACAACUUUACGGCCGAUGACGAAGAUCUUCACGUUCAACUCAGCCGUUAUGGGAGAAGAGGAAGAAGGCUCCACCAACGUCAGUGAGACUACAAGAGACUAUGAAGUCACGUCAGCGAACCCUACAACAACGCAGACAACUACAGGGUUCGCGUGCCCUCAGAUCAACAGGCAGAUAUCAGCAAUGCAGACAUCUACAGGUUUCGAGGACCCUCAGAUCAACAGUUCCGUGGACCCGGAACUAUUUGAGGAAGCAGAGGUCACAUCUUGGAUCGCAAACAACUUGGACUUGGCAUCCCCCUUCAUGGAAUUGAAUGCAGCGUUCACAUACAAGAUGCUUGAGGAUGACUUCGACACUCUCACGAUUCCACCGAUUGAACAGUUCUCCAAGGUGUCUGAAAAUCUCCAUACAGCGUUUGGGAAAGCAACCCGGUACCAGAAUCAACAUGUACCAAUGUUCAAUGGUAAGAGGUUCCCUCUGCAUCACAUGAGAGCGCCGGACCUGGAUGACAGCUUGAAGUUGAUCAACGACUCCUGUAACAAGUUUUACAAGGCGGAAGACAAGAAGUUUGCUCAACUCGACACCAUGACUAGAAGAACGUUCAUCAGCCUUCCAUCAUUUAAUCUUCAGUGGCAUGGAUGGAGAGACGACACAUCUGGCAUACGAAGGUUUGAAUUCCAGGUAUUUGAAAUGGAGUUUAUUACCAGUGAUGAUGGACUUCGCAUGAAAAAUGUGGACCAAAUGCAAACGUUUAAUGCCUCUCAGGGGAUAUUCUCAGUAGAAAUUACUGCGAUUGACAAAGCUGGAAACUUUAAAAGUGCCAGAAGAAUCAUGAUCCAUGAUGGAGAAUCCCAAGUAGAGACGACACCAAACACCGUGUUACGUGCGAUGUCAGCUGCAGAGAUAUCUUCAUGGCAGUGGCAGUGGACAUCGGACUCGGUCACCAUCGACUGGAACCAUCGCUACAUCAACACGCUACACCACAGAAACAAAUGGUUGGAGAGGGUAUUGCCAGUUCCUAAUAUUGACGAGGAGUAUGAUGACCAAGGGUAUAGCCGUGGGGUGGAUCAGAUACCAAAUGUACAAGGAAUUGUUGCCGUAAAAUAUGCUUACGAAGUGGACCACGAGGGGGGAACGUCAAUAGGAACAGUUCCAGGUGACUCCAACUUCAGCAGCCUCUACUUGAACCAGUCCCACACAAUCUCGCCCCCUCUGGUUGACGGGGAUACUCUCCACUACUGGAUCAGGGCUUAUGACAUCCGGGAGGAGUAUCUGGAGGAGACAGUGACCGUCCACAUUGACACAUCGCCCCCUAUCAUUGAGAACCUGUGGCUGACUCGGGGGGACAGGCUCAAUGUCAGUGUACACAACGUAGAUGAAUUUAAUCAAAUGGUCAUCGAGUGGGUGAGUUAUGAUGAUCACAGUGGUUUGGAGACAGUUACCUGGCGACUAUUUGAUAAUUACACAGGCGGGGAUCUCGUCCAUGGUGUGGAGCACAUUUCCGCUCAGGGUGAGGCACAGGACAUGGUGGACUGUGAAAGUAAAUACCAGACUGCAUCCAGAGGCCCUAAAUGUUACUGCACCCCUGGAGUUGGAUGUUACCAUCGACAUUUCCAGAUCAAGCCCAGGAUUGUAUCAGCCAAUCUGUCACACGGAGGGAUCUUCCAUGACAAGGACAAAGGGGUUCAUGACUCGGAUUACUAUCUUGAAGUUACCGUGAUGAAUCAUGCCAAACUCACAACAACUCUAGAUUUUAAGGUGACCAUUGACUCCAGUCCACCGCACACUGGUUCUGUUCACGACGGUCAAAGGGGCCACUCCGAAAUUGACUACCAAGACAGUAAGCUGCUCCAUGCCCACUGGGAGGGAUUCUUUGACAGAGAAAGCGGAGUCAAGUUUUACCAGUACGGAUAUGCUGAUCAUUGUCUAGAGAUAAGGGAUUUCGGCCUUGAUUUGUCAUCACCCAAUGUGACCGAGACGUCCUCAACCCACGCUUCGUGGACAGCCCCUUCUGAAGGCAAGUUCUAUAUCACAGUAGUCGCCUUCAACCGAGCUCUGGAGCCAUCUCUUCCAGUUUGUUCUGAUGGAGUAACCGUGGAUCAGACACCACCGUCUCUUGCCCAGAUUGUUGUCCUCAACUCCCGCACUACAGAAGGUCUGGUGAGGAAUGGCGAGGAAGUGUGGCUCGUCACUGCAGACAGGAGGAGGAUCCGGAUUGCAAACCCUGAUAGUGGUUGCAGCCGAUCUAUUGCGCCAGACCUUUCUCAGAGUGUGCUCUAUGUCAACUGGACUAGCAGUGACGCUGAGAGUGGUAUCUAUGACUAUCAGCUGGGACUUAUGUCUGAUGCAUCUCGUGAAGCAGCUCCAGACAUCCUUCCCUACACAUCCACGCACCAUCAUCCUCACUAUGAAGGAUACCACCCGCAUCUCAGUGAAGGGCAGCAGGUCUAUGUAGCAGUAAAGUCUAUAAAUAAAGCUGCAUUACAUGUCACUGAGGUCUUGGGCCCUAUCACAGUGUACACUCAGGCGCCAGUGUUCACACCACCAAUCACUGUUGGCUUACACGACAACCAUCUUGUCGCCACCUGGACAGCUGGUUCAUUCACAGAUAUCAAACAAGACCAUCUGACAUACGAAUUUACUGUUGGUUCCUCCCCGGGUGGCUCCGAGAUCCUCCCCUUUCUCCCUCUCCUGUCUGGCGGAGGGUGUACUGUCACUAGAUCGCCAUCGUGUACAGCUGUCGCCACCGGCGACCUUCACUGGGAUCUCCAUCCCGCACAAACCUACUAUGUAUCGGUGAAAGUGAUCAACAUUGUUGGACUGUGGACAAUUGGUGUGUCGGACCCUUAUGUCCAUGAUGUCAGACUACCGUCUCGAGGAGUGGUUUUUGAUGUCUGUCCACAGAAAGAACAAGAACUUUUUGACAUCACGGACUUCGUGGAUUCCGAUCUCCAGUUAUCCACCACCACGCUUGAAACAAAAUGGUUUGGGUUUGACGAUGGCCGGUCUGGGGUCAAGUACAGCGUCUGUAUUGGGACAACUCCAGGAAUGCAAAACGUCCGCGCCUAUGCAGAUGUUGAAGAAUCCAUGUCACACAAGUUUAACAACUUGAUACUUAAUGUAAACACUGUUUACUAUGUGACAGUAAAGGCAUGGACACCUGCUGGAGAAGUCAGUCAGUCAUCGGAUGGGGUCAGGAUCAUCAGAUACAAUGAAGAUGUAGGUGGUCGUGUCACAGUGAGAGAUGGAGACAGAUGUUCAAAUGGACUUCAUAAUGAGACAACAAGCAAGACCAGCACUCGAGAUGCACCUUUCCCCAUCCCCCCUGUAGCUGGGGGCAUCAACAUUACAUACUCCGAGACAGAGAUCUCGUCACAACUGGAGGUUGCAAUGGAUCGUUUCCGCGAUCGCGACAUACCUGCUACGUCUGAGUCGUAUGCUGUGAUGGAAAGGUAUGAGUGGAGUUUGGUCGAUCCUGGACUCCUCACCGAGUGGGCACCUGUGGCCAAUCUGACUCAUCAAGGAAAUCAGGUUAUAUUCAAGAUCAGCUUCUCCAGACCGCUAGACUUCAGCAAGUGCCGCCGGCUAGCCAUCAGAGGGUACAACAAAGUAGGGCUCACUACCGCAGUGUCUGCUGAUGUCAGAAACUGCUCUGCCUUUGAUCCACCUCUGGUGAAGCCUUCACUUGUCAUUGACGCCACUGGAUCAAAGAUUGCAGAAGGCAUUGGGAACGACAUCAUCUUAGAACAAAAUGCCCUCUGGCCCAUGCUGGAUGUCGACUAUACUCCCUACAAAAACAUCCUGUCAGCUGUGUGGCCAAGUCUACGUCACAGGAAGUACAAGUGGGCGGUGGUAGCUGGUAACAGGCUGGAUCCUACAUCUCACUUCAAGCGGCAGAGUGUAAUGACUGUCUCUGACCCAUGUGCCUUGGCCGAUGUCAUCAAGUGUGGCGAAACAGGAAAGGAAUUUGUCAACAUACACUUUGACCAGAGAGAAGAACUCUCCCAUGGACAGAGGCUCUACGUCUGUAUUCAUGCUGAUGAGAUGGAAGUGAGGUAUGAGAAGUGGCCAACUGUCUUGGAAGAGGUGAAUGCGUGCAGUGACGGUAUCACUGUUGACCUCACCCCACCAUCUCCAGGCUCGAUCACCAUCCAGGGGCUAAAGGAAAACGUAUAUCAAAUCAGCACAUCUGAGGUGAGGGUUGACUGGUCUGGUUUUAUUGAUGUGGAGGAGGAAGGAUGGAGUUCACAUGCGAGCGGCAUCGCCUUCUAUCAUGUUGCAUUAGGGUCUAUGCCAGGAGAGGAAGACAUCAGAGAGUUCACAAAUGUUGGACACCUCCACCACACCACACUGUCAGGUCUUCAACUACAGGACGGACACGUCGUCUAUGCUACUGUCAGAGUGACGUUUUGUGCUGCGUUGCAUUUCAGCUGGGAGGGUGUGUUUGUGGACGAAGAGAGUGGAGUCAAACAUUUUGAUGUUUAUGUUGGAAGUAGACCGGGGCACCAGGACAUCUUGGUAUUGGGAAGAGUAGAGGAACUUUGUACAGAACUUGACCUUUCCCAAACAAUGAAAGAUGGUCACAGUGUGUAUGUUACUGUGAAGGCCUACAACAAAGUGAGCCUCACCGCAUUCAUCACGUCACAUGCCCUGGAAGUGGAUACAACGCCCCCUUCUGUCGGUCACGUGUUUGAUGGAAGAUCAUCAGCUAGUUCAGCAGAGAUGAAGGAUGAAGAUUACAUUACCAGGAUGGAGGACAUGGGAGCCCAUUGGGAGGGGUUUUCUGAUCCCCAUUCUGCCGUUUCUCACUUCUUGGUCAAGGUUGGGACCUGCGCUGGAUGUGAGGACACAGUAACGGAAUUUGAUGCAGGUGCAAGCACAGAUGUAGUCUUCCAUCACAUUAUGUUCGCUGAGGGUGUCAGGUAUUACGUGACAGUGACAGCUUGUAACAUGGCGGGACUGUGCAGCAGCGCAACAUCUGAUGGUGUUAUCCUAGAUCAAAGUCCUCCUGUCCCUGGCAGCGUCAUGGACGGCACACAAGACCGAGACUCCCAGUACCAGGCAUCCAGAACGUUCCUUGGCUGCAAGUGGCAUGGGUUCCAGGACACAGAGUCAGGUCUGGACCACUAUGAGUGGCAGGUGGGGACCACACCAGGAGACAGUGACAUUUUCUUAUCACAACAUGCUGCCCUUAAAGAGAUGGCAUUCCUCACACUGAACGAAAGUCAGAUGCUCCCCAUCGGAAAAAAGAUGUAUAUAACAGUUAGAGCGUUCAACAAAGCAGGGGUGUUCACCACAUCAACAUCAAAUGGCUUCAUCAUUGACAACAGCGCACCUGAAGUUGUGAAGGCCCCUGAUCUUGUGGAAGGUCAGGGGUCCUUGGUUGUCAUGACACUGAUAAGUAGGUCCACUGCGAAAGUCAGCUGGGAGGUGAAGGACGAGGAGUCUUCCAUAGAGAAGCAGUACAUCUCAAUCUCCUCUCAUCAGCUAGGGGAGUUCAAUUCUUCCUUGAUGGAGAUACCAGGACCUUUGAGAGAAUAUACUUUCACACAGCUGAAUCUUCAUGAUGGAAGUCAUUACAUUGUGAAGGUUAUAUCAUGCAACAUGGCUGGUCUCUGUACACAGAGUCAGACUGGAGGCAUCUUGGUCGACAGCUCCGUACCAACAACAGGGGUUCUUGCUGUACAAACGGACCAUGCUGCCAAAUUGUCAAGGAAUCAGUCCAGUUGGAUGACUUGGACAAGAACCAGUCUUAGCCUUGCUUGGCUUGGGUUUGCUGAUCUACACUCUGGCAUAGACCAUUACAUAACUACAGUGGGCUCCAGACCAUUUGCUGCCGACUUAGCACAGGACCCGCUGGUGAAGGUAUACCACAACAUCAGUGGAGUGGACCUGGAGGAUGAGGGAAUUGUGCAGACAUUCAACAUCAGUACCAAGGACUUGUCUUCUAGAUCUUCUGUAUUCGUCACCAUGUGGGCAGUAAACGGUGUGGGCCUUAAGAGCAGCCCCCUCGAUUCCGAGCUGGUUCUGGGAGAAGGAGGCGAGCUAGAGUUGGUGAGACGGUGCAGCUCCUACAACUGUGAGGGACACUGUGUCUGUGCUGCCCAGGACAGGACAUGUGGCAGUAGUCAAGGGUGCAGAAUUUUGGACAAUGGGCGUGAGCUGACACCAGGACUCAGCUACAGUGUAUUUGUGCGGGCAUGGUAUGACGAGAACACAUACAACAUCUACAAAUCCGAUGGCGUCCUCAUUGAUAUUACAGCACCAAGAACAACUUCACUGCAAGGAACAGCGGUGAAAGAACACAUGGAAUCUGGAGACAGGAAGGACAUCGACUACCAGCAUCGCGUAGAUAGGAUAUACCUGAGCUGGAACAAUGUACUGAUGGACACACAGUCAAGACUCCUGAAAUACAGGGCUUACACAAGUACUUCACCUGGCGGUUACAGCAUACAUGCGUCGUCUGACAUGACUGCCACGAACUGCACAGUGUCUGGGUUGUCUCUGGAAUCGGGAACAACAUACUACUCUAAUAUCCUUGCAUAUAACGAAGCAGGACUGGUUGCCUGGGCAUUCUCAGAUGGGGUGCAGAUUGAUGUCACGGCACCAGUAGCAGGGACUGUAGAAGAUGGAGACGGUUCCGGUGAUGUUGACUACCAGUCCUCCCAGACACAGGUAUCUGCCUCCUGGUUUGGGUUUGCUGACAAGGAUUCCACAAUCAGCAAGUAUGUCUGGUGUGUUGGUUCAACCAAUGAUCCAUCUGGAUGCAGCAUCGUGGAUUGGCAGGAUGUGGGGCUACACACAUCAGCAAGAGCACGCCUUGAAUCACCACUUCCUAAUGGAAUACAAGUAUGGGCGAAGGUUUAUGCAGUAGACGUUGUUGGCCACACAUCUACGGUGGUUGUAUCAGAUGGGGUCAGCAUUGAUUCAUCGCCACCUGAAGUUAAGGACAUUGCCUAUCUAGGGGAAAAUCUGGUGUCCAAUCCCUCCUUUGAGGAAAGCACUAGCCAAUCCACUGACUGUCAUCCUGAACUACCUUCAUGGAAGGCUGGGAGGCACUCCUGCAUCAGGCUACUGACACCUGGUGUUCACCAUGCCACACACGGGAAGACAAUAGUUUCUGUACGAGGCAGCAUACAGCAGAAUGUCAUGAACCUUGACGUUGGCAGCAGAUAUAAAGCCACCAUCCAUGUUGGGUAUCCUUUGGACAUUACUGUCAACCAGAAAGUAGCAGAAGGUUUCAUAUCGUUUGGGAAUGACGUCUUUACCUUCAGCCUCGAUCCACACCUAUGUGUAGACUCGUGUUAUGGUACAGAUGGACGAGUCAUUCUGUGGAGCCAGUAUAGCUUCAGUUUCCUGGCACAGAACGCCACAACACCGCUGAAGAUUGGGACGUCUUCAAUCAGCAUGGAAAUGGCCCUGGAUCACGUGUUGUUGCAAAGAGUGGAUCAUGUAGGGAAUGCAGAUACUCUGGAAACAGAAAGUAACGUCAAGAUUCAAGCUGUCUUCCGGAAACACUGGUCAUCAGUCCAUGUAUCUUGGCACUUUCAUGAUGGAGAGUCUCCACUUGUAGAAUACACAAUGGCUGCGGGUACUGUCCCCGGAGGAACUCAGGUGCAGGGCUUUAAGAGUGUUGGCCGACACGCACAUGGAACUCUGUCAGGUCUGAGACUGUCCCACAAACAGAAACUGUUCCUGACCAUCACUGCCAGGAAUGCUGCUGGUCUCACAACCGUCUCCCGCCCUGACCCCAUCACUGUCGACAUGACCCCGCCGGUGUUCUCUCACAUCAAUGAUGGAUACGGAAUGGACAUUGACUACCAGACUUUGGGCGUUGUGUACGUCAACUGGGCAGUCGAGGAUGCUGAGUCGAGAAUUCUGCACUGUAGCUGGGCAAUAGGCACGACUCAAGGUAAAAGUGACAUCAAGAUGUUUGAUUUGGUUCUCCGAAAUCAAACAACAGCUAACUUUGACAUCACAAACGUCAAUAUUAGCCUUCCUCUGAAGAUAUUCACAACGGUUCGUUGUAUCAACAACGUGGGUUUGAUGUCGUCAGCCGUCUCCGAUGGCGUAACUCUGACACAUGAUCAACUAAAGCCUACAAUGGCGGCCAUCUUGGAUGACAAAGUCAGGUACUUCCACCAACGUGGCCAAUGCCUUAAAAACAACAGAGUUCGGAUGCACUGGGCCCGGAAUCAUCUCCAGCCGACCGUGAUUAAGGUAACAGAUGAGUCCGGCACAUAUCAGACCAGAGUAGAUACCAGUUAUGAGUUCGCCUCCUUGUGUGGGCUGCACUUCAAGAACCUGGACUCUUACCCAGUUGCAGUAUCUCAAGACAACGUGCUUGGGACACACGUGGAAACAACUCUUCUUAACCUUACCACCCAUGGCAAUCCUCCGACAAUAAAAGGAUUUUCUGCGAUGGCUGUGUCUCGGAAAGGAAAGCACAUCUUCCUGAACUGGGAUGGGCUGUUCGACUCUCCUUGGAAGGAUCUUCAAUACGAGCUUCACAUUGGAACAGUGGUUGGAGGAGCAGACAUCUUGGAGGAGGUUCUCACGAAAAAUCCUGAAAUUACCUUGACCUUGAUCUCAUCCCAUUCCCAACCAGAAUCUCUAUUUGCAGCUGUGGCCGCAAUAGACCCGUGUGGUUAUACUGCUCACUAUCAGCAAGAAAUAACACUUUAAACAUGGCCACACAUGGAUGUAUUAAACACAUAUAUGUUAAGUAUACACCGGCUUUAUGAAACAUAUAUGGAACAAAGAUUUCUCUUUUUAAGGAUACUUUAUAUUAAUUUUCAAUGUUUUUC